AUGCGAUCAGGCCGGGGUGCCAGGACAGGGAGAGGGGGGGUCAAUAGGGUGACCAGUUUGAGACACUCGUACAGGGAGGGGACAGGUACAACAAGGAAGGCCAGCUCUGUGUUCUGUUGGCAUGGCUCACUCGGAGAGGAUAGGUACCUUCCUACUCGCCACUCGAGCUCAAGGCGGAGGGAGAAGGCUCGUCUGGCGACAGACUCGGAGCUGGAUCAGGACCUCAGUGAGCGGCUGGGACUGGGGAGCAGCGACACCCUCACCAACGGUAACCGUGCUGACGGGGAGGCCGCUAAGCGCCUGGCCAAGCGCCUCUUCACCCUGGACGGCUUCAGGAAGUCCGACGUGGCCCGUCACCUCAGCAAGAACAAUGACUUCAGUCAUAAGGUUGCAGAGGAGUAUCUACACUUCUUUAACUUCACAGGUCUUAAUGUGGACCAGGCUCUGAGAGCCUUACUCAAACAGUUUUCCCUGAUGGGAGAGACUCAGGAGAGGGAGCGGGUGCUGUCUCACUUCUCCAGGAGAUACCUGCACUGUAACCCAAAACUCAUACCCUCUGAGGAUGGUGUUCAUACCUUGACCUGUGCCCUGAUGCUGCUAAACACAGACCUGCAUGGCCAUAACAUUGGCAAAAGGAUGUCCUGCACACAGUUCAUUGACAACCUGGAGGGUCUGAAUGAGGGUCACGACUUUCCCAAAGACUUGCUGAAGGCCCUGUACAACUCAAUCAAGAAUGAGAAGCUUCAAUGGACAAUCGAUGAGGAGGAGAUGCGGAAGUCUUUCUCGGAGCUGGGGGACACCAACCAGGCUGACUCCACCUCUAAACACAUGAAGAGCAUGGCCAGUGGUGGGAAACACCUCGUGGUCAUGGCCCAGCCCUCGGGAGCCCUGCUGUACAAGAACGGCUUCCUGGUGCGCAAGGUGCACGCCGACUCAGACGGCAAGAGAACACCGCGUGGGAAGAGAGGAUGGAAGACGUUCUAUGGCAUUCUGAAGGGGCUGAUUCUCUACCUGCAGAAGGGAGAGUACCGGCCAGAUAAACAGCUGUCGGACGAGGAUCUGAAGAACGCCGUGUCUAUCCACCACUCUCUGGCGAUGAGGGCUGCUGACUACAGCAAGAGACCCAAUGUGUUCUACCUCCGCACCGCCGACUGGAGAGUCUACCUCUUCCAGGCACCAAACGCGGAGCAAAUGCAGUCGUGGAUCACGCGCAUCAACACGGUAUCAGCCAUGUUCUCAGCACCACCCUUCCCUGCAGCCAUUGGUUCACAGAAGAAAUUUGCCCGACCGCUGCUGCCAGGCUCCACCUCCAAACUGUCACAGGAGGAGCAGGUCCAGUCCCAUGAGGCUCGGUUCCGGGCCAUCUCCACUGAACUGGCUGAGCUGCGCUCGUAUCCUCCAGACCGAAAGGUCAAAGGCCGUGAGCUGGAGGAGUACCGCCAGCGGGACGAGUACCUGGAGUUUGAGAAAACGCGCUAUGGUACCUACGCCAUGCUACUGCGGGCCAAGAUCCGCUGCGGCGAGGAUGACUUGUCCGUAUUCGAGGCCCAGAUCCUGGAGGACAAUGGCCUGCAGCGCGCCCACUCCAGCCCCACACUGCAGGACAGCAGCCAGGCCAGCCAGGCCAGCCAGGCCUCCCAGGGCAGCAGCACCAAGGAGCCGGUGGGCUGCAGCGGUAUAGGAAAAGGCUCCAAGCGCACAGAGGGCCAGAGAUACAGCUACCGCCAGGCCGUCAAGAAGGUGUGUCCACAUUCCAUGAGGGAGCCUAAACACUCGGGUACUUGCAGUUCCUGAACUUUUCUUUGGGGCAAAUAUGGCGGCAACAAGGUGGCUCUAGUGGAUCCGUAAUGGCAGUGCACUAUGCAUCAGGAUCCGCAAUGGAGGUUCAGUUGCAGCUCUUCCUCCUGGCCCGAAUCAGGGCGAGGGCAGAGGAGAGACUGAGCUCUCAUGACUUCAGACACUCCACUCUCUACAGACUCUCACUCUUCUCCCCUCUCAGAGAGGGGGUAACUGUGGCUCCCAUCUCUAUCCUAUCUCCCAAAUGGGUUGUCAGUGUGGCGGAUGUCAUUUGAGGCAUGUCAUUAUAAACUGGGUGGUUCGAGCCCUGAAUGCUGAUUGGCCGAC